AUGCUUGUUUCUUUGACGCAUUCCGUCGAACAGGCGAUGGGCAGUGAUCGAAUGGAGAGGAUGCUCGAGGAGGCUUUCCAGAUCCAUGGCAAGGACAGGAAGGGCCGCAAGAUCCUCCUCAUCGUCGGCAAGUUCUUCCCGGCGAAGGAGUUGAUGGCGGGCGGAGGCGAGGCGGCGCUGCGGAGCUUCCUGGAAAGGCGGGUGCUCCCGGAGUUGCAGGUUGGGACUACGGGGUUCGUGGUGGUCUACAUGCACACCGGAGUGGAGAGGUCGGAAAACUUCCCCGGAGUGGCUGCGCUGCGGUCGGCGUACGAGUCACUCCCGGUGGCCGUCCGCGACGGGAUCUGCGCCGUGUACUUCCUCCACCCGGGGCUGCAGGCCCGCCUCUUCUUCGCCACCUUCGGCCGCUUCGUCUUCAGCGCCGGGCUGUACGCGAAGUUGAAGUACGUGAAUCGGCUGGAGUUCCUGUGGGAACACAUGCGGCGAUGGGAGGUCGAGGUGCCGGAGUUCGUCCUGGACCACGACGACGAGCUCGAGCGCCGCCCGCUCAUGGACUACUGCCUGGUAGAGAGCGACCGCCACCACCGCAGCUUCGACGCCCCCGCCAUGGACUCCGCCGCCAUGCAUUCCCUCCGCUGCAUCUACUAGCAGCCGUGCCAUCACCGCCGGUGUCUUGACCUCUCUUUCUCCGCCCUUCUCUUUUUAAAUAUUAGAUCAAUGUAUAUUAUCUUUGUGGUAAGUUCACCGUAAUGAAGAGUUAACCAACGGUUAAGUUGGUUGGUUUUGUUA